ACGUCCCUCUCAAUAUAGGGCAGCCAGGCACAUACCUCGCUCCCGACUCUUGUCGGUUCCCCCGGUCGCCUCGCCGCCCCGUCCCCUGCUAGCACCACUCCAAUACUCCUUCCACCCCAAGCUCCGCUCCGCAAAGACAAGCUUGGCGACCCUCGCCCGAGACGGCCGAUGGAGGCACUGCUGGCGUUGCUCCCCGCGGGCGGCGGGAACGCGAUGGCUGCGGCGGCGGCCGUCGGCGGGCUGGCCGCGGCCGCGACGCUCGCGGCCAAGGCCGGCGUCGGGAAGGGCCACAAGGACCUCACCAACCCGCCCCCAGCUGUUCCUGGUUUACCUCUGAUUGGAAAUCUGCACCAACUGAAGGAAAAGAAGCCCCAUAAAACCUUUGCAAAAUGGUCUGAUACUUAUGGGCCGAUAUACACAAUAAAGACUGGGUCUUCUUCUGUGGCUGUGCUCAACUCAACAGAAGUAGCCAAGGAGGCAAUGGUUGCACAAUUCUCAUCCAUAUCUACUCGAAAACUACCUAAAGCAUUAUCAAUUCUCACCCGUGAUAAAACUAUGGUUGCUACAAGUGACUAUGGUGAUUUCCACAAAAUGGUGAAGCGCUAUGUUAUGGCAGGCAUGUUGGGUUCUGCUGCUCAGAGACAAUUUCGGGACACGAGAAACAUGAUGAUCGAUAACAUGUUAAGUACUUAUCAUACGUUGGUGACUGAUGACCCACAUGCUCCUCUCAACUUCAGAGAAGUUUUCAAAGACGAGCUGUUCUGCUUAUCCUUGAUCCAGAGUUUAGGCGAGGAUGUGAGUUCAGUCUACGUGAAGGAGUUUGGGAGGGAGAUAUCAAAGGAAGAAAUCUACCAGGUCACAGUGGUUGACAUGAUGAUGUGUGCCAUUGAGGUUGACUGGAGGGACUUCUUCCCGUACCUCCGCUGGAUCCCGAACAAGAGCUUUGAAACAAGAGUUUUCACCGCGGAAUCUAGGCGAACUGCAGUGGUCCAAGCCUUGAUCCAUCAACAGAAGAAAAGAAUUGCACGUGGCGAGGCAAAGGUAUGCUAUCUGGACUUCUUGCUGGCAGAGAACACACUGACAGAUGAACAAUUGGCGAUGCUGGUGUGGGAGGCAAUCAUAGAGGCUGCAGAUACUACUUUAGUGACGACCGAGUGGGCUAUGUACGAGCUUGCCAAAAACCCAGAAAAACAGGAUCGUCUCUACCAGGAGAUCCAGGAGGUGUGCGGCGAGGAGACGGUCACCGAGGAUCAUCUUCCUCGCCUGCCAUACCUGAACGCCGUGUUCCAUGAAACACUGCGGUACCAUUCUCCUGUCCCGCUUGUGCCUCCAAGGUUCGUCCAUGAGACCACCAAAUUGGCCGGCUACGACAUCCCGGCUGGCACAGAGAUGAUCAUCAACCUGUACGGGUGUAACAUGAACAAUAAGGACUGGGAGGAGCCGGAGGAGUGGAGGCCGGAGAGGUUCCUGGACGGGAGGUUCGAUGCCGCGGACAUGUACAAGUCCAUGGCAUUCGGCGCCGGGAGGAGGGUCUGCGCCGGUAGCCUGCAGGCAACAAACAUCUCGUGCACCGCCAUCGCACGGUUCGUGCAGGAGUUCGCCUGGAGGCUCAAGGAGGGCGACGAGGACAAGGUGGACACCAUCCAGCUCACGAGCUACAAGCUCCACCCGCUGCAUGUUUACCUCUCACCGAGAGGGAGGAGGGAGUGAAAAUGAACUGUGUUAAGAUAGAACUGUCUUGGCCAAACAGGAUGGAUACAGGGACAUGUAAUGAAUAAUGAUUUACCAGAACAAUUUGUUCCUUCAGAUUUCUUGUU